AUGCUAGUACUGCACCCUACCCACCAUUACGCCUUGUCAUCCCAGGGCCUAUGUCACUGUUGUACCUACCCCUUGCCUGCCAGAGUCACAGUGGUUGUAGAAGAAAAUGGGAUUCGAAAAAUUAGCAUUGUGCCUCAGACAAUUGACUACCACAUGACCAUGUCUGCUCUUCUACAACAAGUAUCACACUUCAUUGCACCAACUUCUCCUUUGUAUCCACAAGCCCCUCAACUGAUGUAUCCCUCAGCUCAAGGGGAAUUUCCACCACCUUACAUCCAAGAGCCUGUGUCACAGCAGCUGCCACCACCAUUGCUGCCACCACCACUACCACCACUGCCACCAAGAGCAACAACAUUUAUAUACCAUGAGCAGCAUCAAACCCAUUCCCAUGGAAGAGCAAAUUAUAACCAUCUUGAUGAAAGGGCUGCUAAAACGGGAGAAUGUAUGAAGAAAAAAAUGAAAGAGCGCCAAACUGGUGGACACAAGGAUGGCUUACUCCAAGCACCUACACUUGACAGUACUUCAAGCACCUACACUGUGGACAACACUUCCAGCAUUUACACUGUAGACAAUGCUCCAAGUACCUACACUGUUGACAAUACUCUGGGCACCUACACUGUGGACAAUGUUCCAUGCACCUACACUGCUGAAAAUACUUUGAGCACCUACACUGUGAACAAUGUUCUGAACAUUUACACUGCUGACAAUACUCCUAGUACUCACACUACUGACCACCCUCCAAGCACUUAUAUCAUUGACAAUACUCCCUACAAUUCUUCCACUGACCAUGCUCCUAAUGCUUCCACCACAAACACUGCUCUGCACCCUUCCACCACUGAUAAUGGUGUUCAGAGCCCUUCCAGCACUAAUUAUGCCUCUGAGACUUCCACCUCUGACAGUACUCCCACACCAUCACCUAUUGACAGUACUCCAAGCUCUUCCAUUUCUGACAAUGUUCCCAACACUCCCAUCUCUGAAAGUGCUCCCAGUACUUCUGCCACUGAUGGUGCUCUCAAUACAGCCAGUGCUGCCAGCGCUUCCAAUGCUGCUAGUGAUUAUGUUGAAACUAGUCAUGGAAACAAAUGGAGUGAUACGGAAAGCAGAGACAUCAAACAGAAACCAGGUGGAAAACGAAGCAAGAGCCCAUCAUCAAAUACUGCAGAAAAAGCGAUGAAGUUACAUUUACUCUACUAUCUACAACCAUCCGUGGCCUAUUUUGUCAGAAUUACAAUUAUAAGAGGCUCAGCACACAGAACUGUGUCUGAAGUGGUUAGCUUCACAACUCCAGGCUGCAAACCAGACCCUCCACUUACAUCCAAACUGAUUAACCGAUCCAAGAGCAGCCUGAAUUUACAGUGGAAACGUUCCAAUGAUAAUGGUUCCAAAAUAAAUAGCUUCCUUUUGGAAUGGGAUGAGGGCAAAGGUGAAGACUUCAAAAGUUGCUAUAUAGGUACCAUGAAACAGCACAAGAUCCUUAAACUGAAUGCUUCUACAAAAUAUUCAUUCAGAUUAGCUGCCAAAAAUAACUUUGGCUUGAGUGAUUUCAGUGAAAUAGCAGUCUUCCAUACAUCAGGAACUAUGCCUCCAACACCUUCACCCCCUAAGCUGAAAGAAGCAGGAAUCUGUAAUUUGUCACUAGAAUGGUGUACCCCAACUACCACAAACCCAAAUGACAGUCUUACUUAUGUACUAGAAAUGGAGGAAGCAGGAUCUGGGUUGGGUUUUAAACCUAAAUACAAUGAAGAAGACCUUUCAUGCACUAUAAGAAACCUUCAGAGAAGUACUACAUACAAGUUCAGGAUCUUUGCCUACAAUAUGGAAGGAAAGAGCAACCCCAGUGGAGAAGUAAAAUAUACUACCUGUCCAGAUAAGCCUGGAUCCCCUAAAAAACCAUAUAUGAAGGGAAAGAUCCAUGCACACAGAGUAAAAAUUGGAUGGGAACCACCCAAAGAUAAUGGUGGGACAUACAUGUUAAGUUACAGUUUAGAAGUUAGUGAAAACUUGGAUUCAAUGAAUUUCUGGAACAUAAUCUACAGUGGAAACAAGGAAUUUCUAUAUGAUCACCUGCAACCUGGUACUACAUAUAAACAGAGAGUCUUUUGCACUUCGCCUAUAGGCCAUAGACAGCCUUCAGAUAUAUUGACUGUUCAAACACCUACUCUUUCUCCUGCAUCUUGCCAUCCUCCACCCUUGAAUGGUAAAGUGCAGUCCAAAGAACCGAACAUCCAAUGUGACAAUCCUCCUGCAAAUGGAAACUCUGAAGCACUUGCAAAUGUCAAAAAGGCAAACGGUAACCAAGAUGAUGCACAAGGGCACUCUGGCUCCAAAUUUGGAUCUCAUUCAAUGACGUGUGAAACUGCUCCAGUCCCAAGCCCUCCUUCUCAAUGUGGUACACCUGUGCUAACCUGCAAGGGUCCAACCUGUGUUGUUUUUAGUUGGGAAAUUCCCGUAUGUAAUGGUGCUGAAAUCACUGAUUACAGACUAGAGUGGGGACAAAUUGAAGAUUCGAUGCACUUGAUUUACACUGGCCCUUGCCUGAGCUCUGAAGUUAAAGGUCUCAUUCCUGCAACUAUGUAUUUUUGCAGAGUUCCGGCUGUAAAUAUAGUUGGAGUUGGAAUGUUUGGAGGAACUGACAUAGUAACCACACCAGCAACUGUACCAGCAGUAGUAACAGUGCUAUAAGAAGUCGAAAACAAAGUUUCUGCCAAGUUGGCAUCAUCUUGCGUUGCUAUUCAAUGGGCAGAAACAGAUUGCCAUGGCUCUGCGAUCACUGCAUAUAAUAUUGAAUAUGGAGACAGAAAAAUUUUGACUGUUGAUAGAGUAACAGAGUGUCUUCUGAAAAAUCUACAGCCUGAUGCCACAUACAAAAUCAAAAUUCAAGCUAUCAAUCAUUAUGGAAUAAGCCCUUUUAGCCAAUUAAUAAGAACAAAAUCCAAGCCAGUACCACCUGAGCCUCCACAACUUGACUGUGUGGUCUAUGGGCACCAGAGCCUCAAACUGAAAUGUAGCACUUCAAGCAAAGGGUUACUUUCCAACCUUAUAAGCUACAAUUUAUUAAUGGGAGAUCGAUCUGGCAGAUUUUCUAUCAUUUACCAUGGACUUUGUCAGACUCACAAGGUACAAAGAUUGAGUGAAUAUAUGCAAUACAAAUUUAAAAUCCAGGCAUGUAACGAAGCUGGUGAGGGGCCGCUGUCUGGUAUCUAUACUUUCACUACAACCAAAACCCCACCAGCCACACUUAAAGCACCUAAAUUACAUCAGCUGAAUAGCAAUACUUGUGAGGUCAAAUGGGAGUCUUUAGAGCCAAUAAAAGGAGAUUCCAUAGUUUACAAUCUUCAACUCAUCAGUGAAAAAGGAACUGACCUGAUCUACAAAGGACCGAACACUUCAUUCUCCUUUUCCAACUUUCUCACAAAUUCACAUUACCGCUUCAAAGUCUGCGCUGGAUGCCAAUAUCAGAAUUCUGCUGGGAUACAAGAGCUCUGGGGACAAUAUAGCCCCAGUGCUCUUUUCUCAGCCUAUAAGCAACAUCCAGGGCCUGGCAAAGGCAGUGGAGGAAAGGAAGGAAGCAACCCUAGUGAAGAGAAAAAUGAAAAACCCAAGAUAGAGAUGAGUGAUUAUACCUUUGUUCUGAUCCUUGUGAUAGGAUUUGCACUAGUUGCCUUUCUAUGUGCUGUUGCAAUUCAAUACUUCCUAAUCAACUAA